CUCUGUAUCCUCAGCUCUGUCCUGACAGAGAGCCAAUAAAGGCCAGGGCCACUGGUGUGUUGCCCACUUUCCCACUGCAUCAUGGGUAACUUCUCCAGCAAGGAUGGCCAUGGACCCACAGGGCCCAACUUGGAUGUGUUCCACACCCCCCCUACUUCGCCAGUGACCUCCACCCUGACUGCUCUCACGCAGCUCACACCCUCUACACCAGGCCAGCCGGUCCCAGCCACAGCUCCGGCCCCAGCUCCAGCCCCAGCCCAAAGUGGGAAGAGACUACUACCCUCCCUGCCUGUAAGCCCAGGCUACUCUGUGAUUGGUCCUGGGUUUAUCUCCCUGCAGGGCAAGACAGGAAGUGAUGCAGCAGCACCUGAAGGGCGCGUUGUGAUGGGGCUUAAUGGAGGCUCCAACUGCUCUACUCCCAGGACUCCUGUAUCCCAGGGGAAUAGCUCAAUGAUUAGCCCCACCAAGAGUCCUCCAUCUCUGGAUAGCCCCUUGUUUUCGGCCAGCCCGGUCAGCCCCUCUGAGCAUAGCUGGAAGGAAAAGGACAGUGGGCUGAGCCAGUCCAUGCUGGAGGUCCAUAGGACUGCAGACAACCAGGGAGAGAUGGAGAGACUGGUGGAGGAGUGUAGGACAGCACUGGGUCUCAGUCCCAGUCAGUAUGCUGCACUGAGCAGCGUGGAUGUGUUGAAGCUUCUGCUGGUGGAACGUCAGGAGUUGACCGUAGAGGUCCAAAGUCUGAGGGAGACCAUGCAGACUGAGCGAGGGGAGUGGCAGCAGUUCCAGUGUGACCUGCAGGUGGCAGUAGCAGUGGCCGACCGGCUGAGGGCCGAGGCCGAGGAGGAACUGGGCGUGUUCAGAACGGCUCAAAAGGAUACAGAGCGGGAGCUGGCGGUUGCCCAGCAGCGAAGGAAAGAGACUGAUGGGCAGCUGGUCAUCUUGAGAGGAGAGUUGAGGGAGAGCAGGCAGAGACUGGCCGACCUCACCCAGAACCAGGGGCCAGGACAGGCCAAGACCCAGAGCCAGGAAAAGACCCGGGGCAAGGAGAGGAUGAUUGGGGAGAUCAGCACACCUGAGCCCCAGGAGGGGACCCACCGGGGAAGGGAGAGGGGGCUCAGUAGGGUGGGCCAAGGAGUAGGAAGAGGAAAUGAAGAGAUGGAGAAGAGGAGCCAGGAAGAAGUUACUAAGAAUGUGGUUGUGGAAGAGGCUCGGAUGGACACUAAGGGCGUGGCCAACCGGUACUUGAUGAAUGUGACCAAUGAAGAGAGGAGUGGAGAGGAGGGGUGUGAUGUGAGGGAGACGCGACGGAUGGUCACACAGGAGAGGUCAAGAAGCCUUUCCAGACUACCUGUGUCUUCAGACUCCCCCACUGUACAGAAUGGAACAUCCCAGUCCAAUACUGCCACAAUUGCUGGAUCUACAAACAAGAACCAAAGCCAAACCAGAGGAAGAAGAGGGUUGGAAAGGCAAGACAGCUGGUCCAGCACUCACACAGGGAAACAGGAGGAAGCAUUGAACCAGUACAACUCUGCCCUGACAGACCUGCCCCCUAACAAGACUUCUAAGACCAGGUCUCAGGAUGGCUUCAGUCUGCUGCUACGCCGGCAUGGCGGCUCCAAGAGGAACUCUCUGCUGCGCUGGUGUCAGAACCGUACUCAGGGCUACAAGAAUAUUGACAUCACUAACUUCAGCAGUAGCUGGGCGGAUGGUCUGGCCUUCUGUGCUGUGUACCACAGCUACCUCCCCUCACACAUCCCCUACUGCACACUUAGCCCUGACAGCAAGAGGGAGAACCUCAGCCUGGCAUUUAAGAUUGGAGAGAAUGUUGGAAUCACAACAUCACUGACCAUGGAGGAGAUGCUGAGGGCUGGAGGACCAGACUGGCAAAGGGUUCUGGGAUAUGUGGAGAGCAUGUACCGUCACUUUGAGAUGUAAAGCCCACGUCUGUGUAUGAGGGAAGCCUCGAAGGGAGGUACAGUUCACUGCUACUGGUUGAAGGAUAGGGAGUGUGACUCACCAUUCUACUAGCUGACAUGGUCAUUAACCAGAUUUCCAUCCAACCAUUUCAUGUGGAUGAGUUACCUGAUGCAUGUAAACGACUGGGUUGAUGGAAACAGGAAAUGUCAGUACAACACGGUGGGAUAGUUUUGUGUGGGUAACAUGAAUUAUGGUGGUGGAAACGCCUUUGUGCUCAAAUACUGAUAUAAUAACCAUCAAUCAUAUCGAAGUAAACUUGGU